GGUUGGUUUGGCCUAGAGCUGCCCCCGAGCCGUGUGUCAGAAGAGCGAGCGCCCCCGCCACAGUAUCCCUCGAGGAUGAAGCCCCGUUCUGGCCGGGAGCGCAUGCGAAUAGUUUACGUGAACAGCUUCGGCACCCACCGCUGCGGCUCCGUGAUCCAAUAUGGCGGCGGCCACAGGCGCCGUGAGGAGAAGGCCGCCGCUUCCGGUGUCGUAGACAGAGAUAUGUCCUCUACUUCCGGUUUGAGCCGGAGGCGGGGGGCGCCUUGCGUGGGGCUGAGGGGCGAGGCGGGUGCCGUUUCCAGGGAAGGUCGCGGAAGCCCCAGGUUCCCAGUCCCGCCUGGCACCGGUCCGAGGGGAGCUGAGUCGUGCGCUGCCGCCCAGGGACCGAGCCAGGGUGACCAGGCAGGGGGAGCCCCCAGUCUCCGGGAGAGGGGGCCGGGGCUGCGAUGCACACAGAGCAGAGCCGGCGGCAGCGCGCAGACACCCGGCAGCCCUGCCCUCGCGCCCCCGGCCAGCCAGCGAUACGGUGGUCUUCAAAUGAAUCAGGCUGAUAAGUUUGGAUUCCCUUUCACUUCUAAAGUUGUUAAUAAAGUAAGAAAACGGAAAAUGGAAAAGUCUGAAGUCUUUCAUGGAGUGUUGAAAGUAAUUUCAAAAAUGCUCGAAGAAAAUGAAAAGUUUAGAGGCAGACUGUUGACUUGCAGUCAGUUUAAUACUGAAGGUCUGGAAAGUGAGGUCCAAGAAUGGUGAAGCUGGGGAGUAAUUUGAGUGACAAGAACAGCAAACCACCAUCCAAUGAAGAUGGUUUUCAGACAGUUCCUUUGAUCACACCCUUGGAAGUAAAUCAUCUGCAGUUCCCAGCUCCGGAAAAGGUGAUUGUGAAAACAAGAACAGAAUAUCAGCCUGACCAGAAGAACAAAGGAAAACUCAGGGUGCCAAAAAUUGCUGAAUUCACAGUCAGUUUCACUGAUGGCGUAACAGAAAGAUUAAAGGUCACUAUUCUCAUAAGUCUGGCUCUUGCGUUCCUUGCCUGCAUAGUCUUUCUUGUGGUAUACAAAGCCUUUACUUAUGAUCACAGUUGCCCAGAUGGAUUUGUUUAUAAGCAUAAGAGAUGUAUCCCAGCCUCCCUGGAUGCCUAUUACUCAGCACAGGAUUCCAAUUCCCGGGGCAGAUUCUAUACUGUCAUCAGCCAUUACAGCAUGGCUAAGCAAACCAGCUCACGGUCUGUAUCGCCCUGGCUUUCUUCGGGAUCGGUAAACCAUGAAGCCAAGGCUGCCAAGACAGAAGGCCAUUAAAACUACUCAGUGGUGACGGGAGGGGUUGGGAGUAGGGAAACAACACCGUGUCUAUGAAGUAUUGCUCUGCCUCAGAGAGGGCGCUGUGCUAACAGCACGACAAGAAGAAAUGAAACUCAAGUGCAGGAGUCAUCUCAAUUGAUAUUUCUUUUCGUGCAUUGUUCUCGUUGAUUUGUAACCGGGCCAAGCUCUUGUACAAAGGCAUGUUUGAUGUUGACUGUAACUUUACGAUGUAAAAAUAUUUUUAAAAUCAUUGCUUAAAUAUUUGUUAGAAAAAUAAAUGAAAAAACAAAAAAAGCAAAUUCAGAAAACAACCAGAGAGGAUGGAAUCAAGCAAAGAGAAUCUCCCAGAAACUGUAUCUUUGGUAGAAAGUUGUGACCCUAGAGCAGUAUAUAAUGGAAGAACAUUUGAAUACCUUGUUUGACAUGCAGAGGUAGAGGGGAAGUCUUUUACAAAUCAUGUCACUGGGCAGUUAAACUUGCCAAAGCAGGGUCCUUCUACUGGCAAACUGAACUGCACAAAAUACGAUAUCAGCAUUAGUUUGUGGCUAGAGAAGUACACACGCAUGUGUGUGCAGUCUGAGGCCUGAAUUAAAAACAGAAAGAUCUAGGGAUUUGGAAUACACAGUCAUGGUACUGGAGAUCUUCAGUGGGUUUGUCAGGAUUAAGUGUUUUGGACAUAGAGCAGGAGAAGGAAGCUGUUGUGUUUAAAUCUCUUCAGCAUAGGACCGGGAGUCAGGCUCUAUUCCCAGUUCUGCCACAGAUUACCUGUGUGAUCUUGGGCAAGUCACAUGGGGCCUGAUCCUUUGAGAUGCUGAGCACUUCUUUGGAGAGCAAAGAAACAAAUAACUUCAUUGUAAAUCUAGGAUGCUUAGCACCUCACAGGAGAGGGUUAGCAUUUUAAAGGGUCAAGCCCCCUCUGUGCCUCAUUUUCCCCUUGUCCUUAUUCCAUGGACACUACUUAUGUGGGGAUUGUGAGGGUUUGUCUGUUGGUAUGUAAAAUAUUUGAUAGAAAGUGCUAUCAAAAUUCAAAGUAUGAAUAGACUUAUAAACCCGUGAACGUAAAAACAAGCCGAGUCCAGCCCUGUACAGUGUUCAAACACAGCCCAGUAUCUAGCAUGUAAAUUGAUCUGAGCAAGCAUGUCUGUUUUGUAAGACUUGAGCAAAAGGAAUUUUCUUUUCCAGAGCUGCCACCCAAAACAUAGCAGUGUGACAGUUAAAAUACUUGUGAUCGCAGUCAGCUUGAGUUCAAAAGAAUAAGCACCAGGAGUAGGACAAGACAGAUGUUUGGGUUUGGAGUUUAAGGUUUGCAUUUCACUAAGCCUGCUGAUCAGAUUUGUGGGUAUUGCGGGCUAGAAACUGGGACCCAAACCCACUGGGCAGAGUUUUGUCCUUCAUUCUGCACAUACAGCUCCUAGGGGUUUGAACGGGACUAGCCUGGUGUAAGUGGGGGCAGGACUGAGCUGACAGGAGUCAUGAUAAGCAAUUGUAUAGUAUAGCUAAAACUGUAGUGCCAAACCCCAUCGUCUGACUCCCCCCCCCAUAUUUCACCUGUAAAUUCAUUUCUCACUUGAAAUGUACAAACCCCACCACAGAAAAAAUCAAAACUCCGACAAACGACUGGACAAUUUAUAAUUUUGUGGUGUGCGUUUUGUCAGUAGGUAGCAGAGACUGAAGUAUUUUUUGGUGUAAUUCUUGAACUUUUCUGACAGGAAAAAUAAAGCUAGAUGUGUCUGAGAGUCUCAA